AAUCAGUUGCAAAAAAAAACGAGAACAAAAUAGUUUUUAAAUAAACAAUGAAAAAAACAAAAAUCUGAACCUUAAGGAUCAUUAUAUAUAUAUAUAUAAAUAUAUAUGAUACAUCCCUAGAACCUCUAUUUCAUCCGGGUCGCGAUAAUGCUUAUCAUUUAUUAACGACUGAUGUCGCUGCCAUAGGCGCCAGUGUAUUUUGAGGUUAAGUUACAAUAAACUUACUGCGGUGACGAUCCGAGCACUCGAAACAGAACAGAUGAACCGCAUAUGUAUAUAUAUAUAUAUAUAUGUACACAAAAAACACACGUGCGAUCAACCACGAACCUUGAACAGCAUCAGUGGUAGUGAAGGAGGCUUUAUAGGAACUAGUACGUCAAACCACAGCAUUUCCAUAAAUGGGCUUUCAACAUGAACACAAUACAUUAUCAAAUCCACACAUCUUUACUUUAUAUAUGUAUAUACAAUAUAAUAGGGAUUGCAUAACGAGGGGUGGGUGAUUGUGAAAUGAUAAACAUUCAAGACUACUUACAUGCAUUUGAGAGAAUAUACAUAUUAGGGAAGAAGUAAACCUGAAUUUUCUUCUCAACGAAGAUAAACAGGAAUUCAUAAUGAAUCGUUCAACGACAGUGUCGUCAAUAUUUGACGUGACAAGCAGUUUACAAGAAAUGAUUAAAGUUAAUUCAGGAAUGUCAUUGGACAAGACAAGAAGUCUCUUCGACAACGAUCCUGAUGUAUCACCUGUGACCUUAUCAGAAGACUGGUCCCGAGUUGCUCGUCUAUUACUACUAGCAUCACUAGCUGUGGUUGGAAGUGUUGGAAAUGUUUUUAUGAUAUCGGCCGUUAUGGUCGAAGAUCAUUUAAGAAAAAUAGGAAAUGCAUUUCUGGUGAAUGUCGCCUUAGCGGAUCUGAUGGUGACAGGUCUCGUUUUACCAGCGUCUGCAAUUGUCAUCCUAGCAGGACAUAAAGAAUCCUUGGGAAUUUGUCGCUUCGAAUGGACUUUAGAAGCGUUAUGCUUUUUAGUAACUGUAUUGACAUUGGCAGCCAUAGCUGUCGAAAAUUACAUGCGUCUCUACCUUCCAGUUGAAAGGUAUGCAAUACUAACACCAGGACGUGUAACAAGUUCAAUUCUAUUGGUAUGGGCAGUAGCAGCAACAGCAAUAGGUCUUCAAUCAUCAUUUGAUUUGGGACCAGAUUUUUGUAAUAGACGUUUUAAUGGUAUUGCAAUGGAACAGGCUGUUGGUGCAAGUAUAUUGGUAGGCCUUCCAGUUCUUAUAACGAUUCUAAUUUAUCUAAUGCUAGUGACAAGAGUUCGUCGUGCGACACGUGGUUCAUAUAAGCCACCAGUAGCAUUCUCAUGGGAUUAUGAAUUAACAAAAACAAAUAUCUAUAGUUUUUUUCUCUUCGCAAUAUUUUGGAUGCCAUUGGGUGUGGCGCUUUGGAUAAGUUCAGUCCGUCCUGUAAAAGCACGUGUCUUCAUUAAUCUCGCUUGGUUUGCACUAUCAAAAUCAUGUGUUAAUAAUUUACUUUAUUGCGUUGUUGAUCGUCAUUUUCGUAAUGCUUAUGUAAAAUUAUUUCACUAUUGUUGUUUUAAAACAACAGUGAGUUUUUCACGAAGAACAAGAGGUGAAGUAUCACGUUCUGGUGAUGUUAAAUUGCGAGUACAUAUUAUUCAAUCCUAUGCAACUAGUCCAGCUUCCUACUGCCGUCCCACUAUUGCAAAUAGACCCAAUGGACGCGAUGUCUAUGAGCUUUAGAAACAUUUUUAUUUAUUUCCCUAUAUUAUGAAUUCUCGAGAUUUUUUAUUUCACAAAUUCCUUUAGAUCUAGUUUAA